AUGGUCUUGUUGCUUUGGGCGGCAUCCUGCUGCAACAGAUACAGAGCAUUAGAGAAGGAACGAGGGCAAGCAGUCAAAAAGCUGCAGGAAGAGAUGGAGUCCAAGAUCCAGAAGUUGUCUAAGGAGCUUGCCGCCAUCAAGGGAUCCAUCCAUCCAGGAGGCUGCGUUGCUGAAAUUCUCGCGCGUGACAUUGCCGGCACAUGGUUCCAUGAGACUUUGAAGACUCGCGUUAGGGUCAAUGACUCCGGCAAGUGCUUCUUUGACAAUGGCUCGCAAAAGCAGGUGGAGGUGGAUGGCAGCUGCCUCAAGUUGGAUGACGGCUUCGUUCUGUCCAUGCAGAAGAGCUCUCGCAAGGAGCUUCUUGGAGAAGGAGGGCCAGCCGGCGGUGGACAUAUGAGAUGCCCGGCGGAUCCAGGCAGGUGUCUUUGA